UCGAGCAAUCAGUUGACAAGGUACCGAUGGGAAAGCUAAUGCUAAAUCUUGUGGUUAUAAGCCUUCUGCUGUGUCUGGCAUCAGCCUUAACCCGAAAGCAGGCUGCCGAGCGGAUGAAUAAUUGCAUGGAGUUUAGUGCGUAUGGCGAAUGUCAUGGAUCACACACCCGAUGGUUCUACGAUACGAUGACCAACAAUUGCAAGACGUUCGUCUACAGCGGCUGUGGGGGCAACUUUAAUCGAUUCUCCAGUGCAUCCCAAUGCUUUAACUAUUGCACGCACAAGGACAUAUCCUAUGAUAGAAAAUGAACUGUUAAUACAUAGUAGCUAUUGGAUAAACCAAUUAAUUAUGAUUCGAUUUGAAUUUUUAAGCUAUAACAGAUGCUACUCUAAUGUUUCCAAUAAAAAUGUAGGUAUAAAAACCUUAAUAA